AUGCUCAACCUAGCUGGCUACGAGGCUGAGCGACGCCGACGGCUGCUGCGCGACACGACGCCUCUGCAGAGGGGCAUCAUACGGCAUUUGGUGCUGGUGCUGGACAUGUCGUUUGCAAUGGCGGAAAAGGACCUGCUGCCGACGCGGUAUCGGCUGACGCUGAGCUACGCGGCAGCGUUUGUGCGGGAGUACUUUGAGCAGAACCCGAUUUCACAGCUGGCGAUUGUGGGCAUGAGAGACGGCGUAGCGGUUCGGGUCAGUGAUAUGGGAGGGAAUCCUGCAGAGCACUUGGAGCGGCUGAGGGACUUGGAUGGGCAGGAUCCUCAGGGGAAUCCGAGCCUGCAGAAUGCGUUGGAGAUGUGUCGAGGAGCGUUGUUCCAUGCUCCUUCGCACGGCACACGAGAAGUGCUCAUUAUCUACGGCGCCCUACUCUCGAGCGAUCCCGGUGACAUUCACGACACAAUCAGCAAUCUCAUUGCUGAACGAAUACGGGUUUCUGUGGUUGGACUGUCCGCCCAGGUUGCCAUCUGCGCGGAGCUCUGUUCUAGAACAAAUGUGGGAGAUGACUCGCAGUACAAUGUCGCCAUGGACGAAACACACUUCAAGGACCUCUUCCUGGCCAUCACGACCCCCCCUGUGAACCGGACCAAGGAACAGAGUACAUCCAGUCUCUUGAUGAUGGGCUUCCCCUCACGGACACUUGCCCCUGGUGGGACUACUAGCUACUGCGCCUGUCACAGUAAGCCUUGUCGAGAAGGAUACCUCUGCACUCGAUGCGGCGUGAAAGUGUGCCGGCUGCCUUCAGAGUGCCCCGCUUGUGGGCUGACGCUCAUUCUAUCAACACAUCUUGCUCGUUCAUAUCACCACCUUUUCCCGUUGCGGAACUGGGUUGAAGUACCGUGGGCUGAAGCGACGCGAUCAAUAGCUUGCUUCUCCUGCCAGUGUCCCUUCCCGGAACCCCCCAAACCGAACAAAGAAAAGGGCAAAGACGAAGCGCCGACAAAAGCACCGGCCAAAGGCGUGAGCGAAAGCGGGAGAUACAAGUGUCAAGUGUGUGGCAAUCAUUUCUGCAUCGACUGUGAUGUCUUUGCUCAUAUGGUGAUACACAACUGCCCUGGAUGCCAGAGCCGGGCUCCAGAUGCGGCGCCGCCAAUAGAGGCAAAUGGGAACGGGCAUACCAAUGGUGGAGUUAUGGUUAUAGAUGGGUAG